AAUUGUAGUAGUAUCUCUCAAUGGAGCCGGAUGUGAGCAUAGAGACUAGCUGCAUGAUCCGAGUAGCAGUCCUCCCCAUCGGACCUAUCCCCCCACACCUCUUCCGCCAUUACUCCUCCCUCCUCCUCCGCCACCACACCGUCUCCCUCUCCUCUAUCAGCUCCUUCUACACCCAGCAUCAAAAGUCCCCUUUCUCCCACCAGCCCUGGGACUCCCCCUCCGCCUCCCUCCGCUUCAAGUUCAUUCUCGCUGGAUCCCCUCCCAGCCCUUGGGAGGACUUCCAAUCCAACCGCAAGAUCCUCGCCGUGAUCGGCAUCUCUCACUGCCCUUCCUCCCCCGAUCUCCACUCCCUUGCCCUUCACUUCGCCUCCGCCUCCAAGCCUUACUCUUCUUCUCUCGUUCACCGCUGCUUCGCCUUCUCCCCCGGCGAUUCUCAGCUCGAGGACGAGAGUCACAAGGGGACUAACCUGAUUUUGUUCCCCCCUGCCGAUCCACAAACUCAGGAACUCCACCUCCUGACUAUGAUGCAAGAUCUUGCUGCUUCCUUGCUCAUGGAAUUUGAGAAAUGGGUUCUUCGAGCCGAAUCUGGCGGAACUAUUUUGAAGACCCCUUUAGAUUCUCAAGCCACUCUUAGCUCUGAGGAGGUGAUCAAGGCAAAGAAACGACGACUUGGUCGUGCUCAGAAAACCAUUGGAGAUUACUGUUUAUUGGCUGGUUCACCUGUUGACGCCAAUGCUCAUUAUUCCACUGCCCUGGAACUUGCUAGGUUGACUGGGGAUUUUUUCUGGUAUGCUGGAGCUAUGGAGGGAAGUGUGUGCGCUUUGCUGAUAGACCGAAUGGGCCAGAAGGAUCCACUUCUAGAGGAGGAAGUGAAAUAUCGUUACAAUAGUGUCAUUUUGCACUACAGAAAAUCGUUUAUCCAAGAAAAUGCUCAGAGGGUUUCUCCCUUAAGCUUUGAACUUGAGGCUACACUGAAGCUGGCAAGAUUCCUCUGCAGGCAGGAGCUUGCCAAGGAUGUGGUGGAUUUAUUGACAACUGCAGCAGAUGGAGGAAAAUCUUUGAUUGAUGCUAGUGACAGACUGAUACUGUAUGUUGAAAUAGCUCGGCUUUUUGGUGCCCUUGGUUAUCACCGGAAAGCUGCCUUUUUCUCCAGGCAGGUGGCUCAGUUAUAUUUGCAGCAGGAAAACAGAUUUGCUGCUAUUAGUGCCAUGCAAGUGUUGGCUAUGACAACCAAAGCAUACCGUGUUCAAAGUAGAGCAUCCAUUGAAAACACAAGUUCAAAAAAUGAAACGAGUCCAGCUCCCCACAAUGUAGGGAAAGUACAUCAGAAUUGGGUAGUAUCACUUUUUGAAUCUCAAUGGAGUACUCUUCAGAUGGUUGUAUUAAGAGAAAUACUUUUAUCAGCUGUACGAGCUGGUGAUCCUCUUGCAGCAUGGAGUGCAGCUGCACGUUUACUCAGAUCAUAUUAUCCUCUCAUUACACCAGCUGGUCAAAAUGGUCUGGCAAGUGCACUUGCAAGUUCAGCAGAAAGGCUCCCAUCUGGUACUCGAUGUGCUGACCCUGCCUUACCUUUCAUAAGGUUGCACUCUUUUCCUCUUCAUCCUUCACAAAUGGACAUUGUAAAACGCAAUCCUGCAAGGGAGGAUUGGUGGGCAGGAUCUGCUCCUUCGGGGCCUUUUAUUUAUACACCGUUUAGCAAAGGAGAACCAAAUCAAAGUAGCAAGCAGGAGCUUGUGUGGGUUGUUGGGGAACCCGUGCAGGUGUUUGUCGAAUUGGCAAAUCCAUGUGGUUUUGAUGUGGUUGUUGACAGCAUAUAUCUCUCAGUGCAUUCCCAAAACUUUGACGCUUUCCCAAUCAGUGUCGACCUCCCAUCUAAUUCAUCAAAGGUUAUAACUUUAUCAGGAAUUCCUACUAAAGUUGGUCCAGUGAGUAUUCCUGGAUGCAUUGUUCAUUGUUUUGGUGUUAUCACUGAACAUUUCUUCAAGGAUGUGGAUAAUCUGCUCCUUGGAGCAGCACAAGGACUGGUGCUGUCUGAUCCAUUUCGCUGCUGUGGCUCUGCCAAGUUGAAAAAUGUUGCCUUUCCAGCUGUUUCUGUGGCACCUCCUCUUCCAUUGCUCAUUUCACAUGUUGUUGGAGGCGAUGGCGCCGUCACUUUAUAUGAAGGUGAGAUUCGUGAUGUAUGCAUUAGUUUGGCAAAUGCCGGCACAGUCACAGUUGAGCAGGCACACAUCUCGUUAUCUGGAAAAAACCAGGACUCUGUGAUAUCAAUUUCUUAUGAAACCUUGCAGUCUUCCCUUCCUUUGAAACCUGGUGCACAAGUUACUAUACCGAUAACCUUGAAAGCCUGGCAGCUAAGCUCGGUGGAUACCGAUCCUGCUGUUGGCAAGAAUAUAUCUAGUGGUACUGGAAGGCAAGUGAAGGAUAGGAGCAGCCCGAUGUUACUCAUCCAUUAUUCAGGGCCCCUGACAAAUCCUGGAGAGGCACCAGAAGAUGCAUCUGCUCUGCCCCCUGGUAGACGGUUGGUUAUCCCCUUGAACAUCUGUGUAUUACAGGGCAUGUCCUUCAUUAAGGCACGCUUGCUGUCUAUGGAAAUUCCGGCUCAUGUUGGUGACAGCCAUCCAAAAGUGGUCCAGUUGCAAAGUAACUCUACAAAGGAAGCUACAGGCUCUGAAAGAAAGGCUGAUAGUUUCAUGAAAAUUGACCCUUUCAGGGGAAGUUGGGGGCUCCGCUUCCUUGAAUUGGAGUUAUCUAAUCCGACUGAUGUUGUUUUCGAGAUUGGUGUCUCGGUCCAGCUGGAGAACUCUAACAGUAAUGAUAGUUCUCUUGACUCUAGUGGCACUGAAUUUGAUUAUCCUAAAACAAGGAUUGACCGGGAUUACACUGCUAGAGUUCUAAUACCUCUGGAACAUUUCAAGUUACCUGUUCUUGAUGGUGCAUUCCUUGUUAAGGACUCCCACGUGAAUGGAAGUGCCACUAGCAGAAAUUCAAGCUUCUCAGAGAAAAAUACCAAGGCUGAACUUAGUGCAACAAUCAAAACUUUAAUUUCCAGAAUCAAGGUCAGAUGGCAAUCUGGACGGAACAGCUCGGGAGAACUAAAUAUCAAGGAUGCCAUGCAGACUGCUCUUCAGUCAUCUGUCAUGGAUGUGCUGUUACCUGAUCCACUUACCUUUGGCUUUCGGCUUGCUAAAGAUAAUGUGGACCACAGAGUCAAACUUGAUUCUACUGAGACAUGUGAUGCGCAACCGCAUUCUGCUGUAUGUAACAGUACUGUUGUUGCUCAUGAUAUGACUCCAAUGGAAGUGUUGGUACGCAACAAUACUAAAGAAAUGGUUGGAAUAAGUCUUAACAUUACCUGCAGAGAUGUAGCUGGUCAGAACUGCUUUGAGGGCGAGAAGGCAACCGUCUUAUGGACAGGUGUUUUGAGCAGCAUUAAUAUGGAGGUUCCGCCACUUCAGGAAGUAAAGCAUUCCUUCUCCCUGUAUUUCCUGGUCCCUGGUGAAUACACUUUGUUAGCUGCUGCUGUGAUCGAGGAUGCUAAUGAAAUCCUCAGAGCUCGAGCAAAAAGCAACACACAUGACGAGCCAAUUUUCUGUCGGGGGGCCCCAUUUCAUUUGCAAGUUAGUGGAACUGUGUAAUAUUUGUUUUUUCGGACUUCGCCUCCAUAAAUUUGAAGCAUCUGGGUUACAUUAUGAUCAUUGUCAUCUCUUUGCAUUUUCUUGACUGAUGUUGCUUCGUGUCAUUAUUCAUAUCCUGUCAUGAAGCUUGUUAGGAGCUUAGGAUUGUACGAUGCUUGUAAAAAAUUCAUCUCGAGAACGCCACAGAUUGCCUUGCGAAGUUGUCCAUAGAUGGUUUAUUCCUGAUUUCACGGAUCAAAUACAUCUUUUAGUCAGCAGAGUGACAGACA